AUGUUGCAUAAAAUUCUUGGAAAGAUUGAACUGUUAGAUGAUGAUAAAGAUACACACAAUAUAUAUUAUUUAGUUCAAUGGAAUAAUUGUGAUGGGCCAAUUACUGUUCAAAACAUUAACUUAUUAUCUGAGUACAUUAAGAAAUACGCUGAAUUUGAAAGUAAAUCAACAUUGAAUCAUUUUUGUGAUAAAACUAUGUUUAAUACACUUAGUAACGAGCAAGUUGAAUUUUUAAUAAGUCAUCUUAUGAAAUAUUGUAAUGAUACAUCUUUCAUAGAGGAUGAUACUGAUGCUGUUGAGGUACCUCAAAUGUCCAUUGAAUCUUCCUUAAAUAAAGAUAAUGAUAUAUGUUCUAAUGAUAGUAAAUGUGGUGAGAUGUCUCAUUCAGAAGGUAUCAACGAAAUUUGCUGUAACAAUGAUGAUAAUAUUGAGAAUCCAGUUAAAAAAAAUAGAUUAUUUAAUUUUUCUUAUGAUGAAAUUUUCCAUAUUGUUUUUGGAGAAAUUCCAAAUUCAAAUAAUUACAUUAACAAUAAUAUGAACGAUUUUGAUAGAGAGUACGGUAGCAGUAAUUCAUCAUUUUUAUCUGAAUGUAAUCUUAAUGAAGAAAGAGCAUUCUCUUUGGAAGAUUCUUUUAGUCUUUUUGAACAAAAAAUUAGCAAUAUGAUUAAUAAAGAUAAAAAUAAAUUAAAUGGAAAACGUAAUUGGAAUACACUUGAAUUGAUUUCUUAUGUUGUGCCAAAUACCGAAGAUGGUUACAUUGGUUAUGAUACAGUAAAUAAAACAUUUGAAAUAAUUGAAGAUCAUGAGGUACCAGAUUCUCAAAGAUUUAAAAUUAAUGAACUUGAAGAGAUUACAAAAAUAAGAAAAUAA